CCCUGGAUUACUUGAGAGGGCCAGCUUGCCUGCCCAGGUGAAUGAAGCCAAGCAGCAUGGCUUGAUUCCUGACAGUGCCCGACCGCUGAACGCCAUGGGAAACCAAGAUGGGAAGCUGAAGAGGAACGCAGGUGAUGUGCACGACAGUGGCGAGGAUGCCUCUGGGCCCAGGGAUGCUGAGGGCACAAAGAAAGGAGGGGGGAGCAAAAAGGGCCUGGGCAGGCACGGGAAGGGGAGCGAAUCAGCGAAGAAGAAGGGCAAGUCUGAAGCCAGGGCAUCCGUCUUUUCCAAUCUGCGCAUCAGGAAAAACCUCUCCAAGUCUAAAGAUGGAACCAGCAGCUCGAGAGAGGAUGUUUUAGAAAGCCAGGCCGUGCAAACAGGAGAGCUAGACAGUGCUCACUCAGUUCUCACCAAAACUCCUGAUAUAAGCAUUUCUGCAGAUGAAGGGGGUCUCUCGGAUACCGAUGCAGAGCAUUUUGAAAAUACAAAUGAAACUCGUCCCGCAGCUGCUGAGCCGCAGGAUGGACAAAGAACCAGCUCCGGCUCGGAUACGGAUAUAUACAGUUUCCAUUCAGCCACAGAACAAGAGGAUUUGCUUUCUGAUAUUCAGCAGGCAAUUAGGCUGCAGCAGCAGCAGCAGCAGCAGCAGGGGAUGAUUAACAUUGGAACUGAGCAGCAGGGCACCAAAACAAUGGACCUACACAUGGCUAAUUCUCAAGCAACCCCAUUAGAUUUUGAAAGGUUUCUUUCACUCGGCAGUGACAAAGACAGUAGCCCGGAUACCGAGCAGCCAGUCUCUGCUAAAUCAGAAAUCACAGGGUACGUCCCAAGCUGUCAGACUGAAGUGCAAGACGGGGCAAAUGGAAUGGGGCACUCCUGCAGCAGCGUGUUUGAGAUGCAGGAAGAACCUGAGCAACCUGCUGGUGAAGGAGGAGGCUUCUCUACCCCCAGUGCUGCAGCUAAAGAAAAGGGGACUCUGCUGGGCAGUUCAGUCUUUAAUUUCCCACCCCCAGCUGGUGAGUCUGAGUCUGAAAUAAUUGCUGCUGAACGUACAGGUGCCGAAAGAGAGGCUGAACUGGCAGAUGCAGGUGGGGAUCAGGUUGCUGUGGCCACAGACAGGAAAUGGAGUUUGUCAACUAGCAGCGAAGCAGUGGAGGAGGGUUUUUCUGUGGAAAUGAAAAAUGGGACUUGUUCCUCAGAGGAUGUCUCCAGCAGCCCAGUGCACACUUCCAAAUGUUUUAAACCAUACCCUUUCAUCAACCCAUGCUACAUCAAAACCACCACUAGGCAGCUGAGUUCUCCAAACCAUUCGCCUUGCCUAUCCCCUUCACAAAGCCCCCUCUUUAAAAGGAGACGGGAGCCCUCUCGACUGAAAGAGAGGGCACCAACCAAGAAACAGAGAUCUGCCAGUUUGGCAGGGGCAUUUAGCCGAUCCGCAGACUGGACUCAUGAGAUUUCAGAUCAACCCAGUGAAAUAGCUCAAAAGUCAGGCUCUGCAGAUUUUUUGGAGUACAGGCAGACCAGAGAUGCUAUCCAAGGGGAAAGAGUGCCUUUGAAUCAUUUGAGAAAGUCCUCAGGAACGUCACCUUCUACUGAUGCCUUCCCUAAUGUAUUUCGAGGUCGAACUCUGCUAGAAAAGCUCUCCAGCCAGCAGGAGAAUGCACCCCAAGAAGAAGCAGAGAAGCUUUGUUCUUGGAUCAUUGCAAUGGGUCUUUUGCUCCCCUUCAGUGACUGCUUCAGAGAGUCAAGUAGUCAUAGUGCACAACAAAGUGCACCAGCAUUUGAUCAAGAUCAACUUUAUACUUGGGCUGCAGUCAAUCAACCCACUCAUUCAUCAGAUUACACUGAAGGAAGAUUUCCAGGGAGGACUCCAUCAGCGUGGCCAGCACCAAAGCCUCCGGAUGAAGAGCAGAAGGUGAACCAUAUAAAGAAAGAAAAUGGUCAAUAACCUGAAGCUGCUGCCGAGGCAACAGAGAGAGAAUGUGCAGAGGUUGUUCAGCAGGUACAGGAAAACAUUGCAACAAAAUCAGAAAUGCGGACAAGUGAAAUUCAGCGGCUUGAGCAAACCAUACAAGAUUUAAAAACAAAAAUUGCAGAGCUAGAGAAACAGUUUCCAGCAACAGAGGUGUUGGUUUCAAGCAGAAGCCUGUGGAAUGAGACUGAACAACCAACUCACAAAGGACUGCCUAACACAGCUCUUCAAGAACAUGAAUUGUGUGCCCUAGUUAAAACUGUAACUGCAACAUCUGUGCAGACAUCUCCAACAGAUGAUUGUUUAACACACAUAUUGCCUUCAGACAAUGCACUGCCACAAGCACCUCCCCACCUCAAAGGGGAUCUGGGUCAAGGGCCAACUCAGCCAUUGCCAACACUUGAGCCACAACCCACCUUUUGCUCUGAAAUAGCUUUAGUUCUGUCACCAAAACAGAUUUCAGUACAGCUGGAUGCUUCCCAAGAAAAAGUGACAAUGCCACAAACUUCAAGACCAUGCUUAUUUCUAGAAGAAUCUGUGCCAUCAGCUCCCCACCCUUCUUUGAGUAUGGAGACUGUAACAGGGAAUGAACAUUCCCUGUCUUCUCACAUCCCUUCUGGUCCUCUGCAUACUGACACUGGAAUUUCCCUGCCUGGAGCAGGAGGUCCAUUUUUAAUUUCAUCAGUGUCGCCUCCCUCAUCCCUCUCUGCCUCAGGAUAUUUGGUGUCUUCAUCUGAUGUACUACCAUCUUAUUCUCCAUCAUUCCCUGCCAAAAGGAUUCCUUCCCCAUCAGGUCUGCCAGGAAUGGACAUGAUACCACCUGCCCCUUCUUUAUCGCUUGAAAGCAUAUCUUCUAGGUCACCUUUACCUACAGCUGGAAUGCCUACAGAGAUCCCAUCUCCACCACCUCUUCCUGUAACUGGAGUUCCACCUCCUCCACCUUGGCCAGGAGCAGAUAUUCUGCCUGUACCACCUCUGCCUGGCAUGGGUAUUCCACCACCUCCAUCUUUGCCAGGACCAGUUUCCCUUUUGCCAGGCAUGGUGGCACCCUCUUCUCUCCCAGAAACAGUAGUGCCACCACCUCCCCCAUUGCCAGGCAUGGGAGUGCCACCUCCUCCGCCCCCACCCCCAUUGCCAGGCAUGGGAGUGCCACCUCCUCCGCCCCCACCCCCAUUGCCAGGCAUGGGAGUGCCACCCCCUCCACCCCCACCUCCUUUGCCAGGCAUGGGAAUGCUUCCACCACCACCAACCCCUUUGCCAGGCAUGGGAGUGCCACCCCCUCCACCCCCUUUGCCAGGCAUGGGAGUGCCACCCCCUCCACCUCCACCCCCUUGGCCAGGUAUGGGGGGCCCUCCUCCUCCCCCUCUACAAGGACUGAUAGUGCUGCCUCCUCCACCUCCCCCACCUUUGCCAGGCGUGGGUUUACCACCUCCUCCCCCACCUCCCCCACCUUUGCCUGGUGCAGGAGUCCCUCCUCUGCCUGGAAUAGGCAUGCCACCACCCCCACCUCCUAGUCUUCCACAAGUUUCUGGGUUUCUUCCUCCUCCCCUGCCAACUGGUUUAUUUGUAAUGGGAAUUAACCAGGAAAAAAGUAGCAGAAAGCAUGCAAUAGAACCUUCUCGACCAAUGAAGCCUCUUUAUUGGACAAGAAUCCAGCUUCAUAAUAAAAGAGAUUCUAGUGCUUCACUUGUGUGGGAAAAAAUUGAAGAGCCUUCAAUAGAUUAUCAUGAAUUUGAAGAACUGUUUUCUAAAACAGCUGUUAAAGAGAGGAAGAAACCUAUUUCGGACACCAUCACCAAGACAAAGAAUAAACAAGUUGUCAAGUUAUUAAGCAACAAAAGAUCUCAAGCAGUUGGUAUAUUAAUGUCCAGUCUUCAUUUAGAUAUGAAAGAUAUACAGCAUGCUGUCAUGAACUUGGACAACUCUGUGGUGGACUUAGAGACUCUUCAAGCCCUUUAUGAGAAUAGAGCACAGUCUGAUGAGCUGGAAAAGAUAGAAAAGCAUGGCAAAUCGAGUAAAGAAAAGGAGAAUGCCAAAUCUUUGGACAAACCUGAACAGUUUCUUUAUGAGCUCUCCCUGAUUCCCAACUUCUCUGAACGAGCCUUUUGUAUCCUGUUCCAAUCAACAUUCUCUGAAAGCAUUUCCUCUCUCCGAAGCAAACUUGAAUUGCUGCAGAAACUGUGUGAGAUGUUGAAAAGUGGCUCAGGAGUUAUGCGGGUUUUAGGCUUGGUCCUGGCUUUUGGGAAUUACAUGAAUGGUGGAAAUAGGACAAGAGGACAAGCAGAUGGUUUUGGAUUAGACAUACUUCCCAAACUAAAAGAUGUCAAGAGUAGUGACAACAGCAGAAGUCUUCUGUCAUAUAUUGUCUCAUAUUAUUUGCGUAAUUUUGAUGAGGAUGCUGGAAAAGAACAAUGCAUCUUCCCUCUUCCAGAACCACAGGAUCUUUUUCAAGCUUCUCAGCUAAAAUUUGAAGAGUUCAAUAAGGAACUUCGCAAACUUAAAAAAGACUUGAGAGCAUGUGAGACAGAAGCAGGCAAAGUUUGCCAGUUUUCAUUAGAAGAACACAUCCAGCCCUUUAAAGACAACAUGGAGAAAUUCAUUAGUCAAGCUAAAAUUGACCAUGAGAUGGAAGAGAAAUCUCUGGCAGAGACGCACAAAAGCUUUUUGGAGACUGCAGCAUAUUUCUGCAUGAAACCAAAAAUGGGUGAAAAGGAGGUUUCCCUAAAUGCUUUCUUCAGUAUUUGGCAUGAAUUCAGUUCUGAUUUUAAAGAAUUCUGGAAAAAAGAAAAUAAGCUUAUUUUGCAAGAAAGGCUUAAAGAGGCUGAAGAAGUAUGUAGACAGAAAAAAGGAAAAUCACUUUACAAUAUAAAACAAAAGCAUGAUUCUGGAAUUAAAGCAAAGAUAAGUAUGAAAAUAUGAGAGAAGAAAGACCUAUGUCUUUGUACACUGGCUCAAUAAAUUGAACAUGCCUUGGGAGGUAGGGGAAAGGAAAUAUUAUCAUUCAGCCCAUUUGUUUUCUCAACUUUCUUGCAUUUUGUUUCCUGUUUACACUGACUACUAUGAGCAUUCAUUGAUAAACAGAUUUGCAGGAUGGAAUGCCCAGCAAUGGAAGCUAUUUGAAAUCUGUCUCUUACGUGCACCCCGUACUUCCUUUUCCAUCCAAACAUUAUUUUACAGUGUAUAUGGUAGAAUACUAAUAAAGACUAAAGUAGUCUGUGUAAGCAGCAGUAUUUCAGUGUGCCCUAAACAUAUUGAAAACUUUAUAAACAUCUAACUUCAUGUAGAUGUUACACUUCCAUUCCUGCAGAAAAAAAUUUUUUUUUUCCAAAGCAAAUACAUUACAUUACUGCAUUUACAUUAGGGAGAAUGUUACUUCUCAAGAACUGUUUGUAUCCAUUUCCUAUCGACCUUGUAAAUGUAUUCUGAAUUGGUAAAAGUGUUUCUUUUACACUCUAAGCCAUGGUCUCCAAAGUUACAUCAUUGCCUAUUGACUAAAUAUGCCCUAAAUAUGAUAUUCAACCCAGCUAUUUUUAUAGUUGACAAAGUUGAUCAUGAUUUGCUGAUAUUAAGGAAUGGAACCAAAACAAAAGGGGAAAAAAACCAAUUAUAGCUAAGCACAGGACUCACUUGGUAGAUACCACACGAUCUCGGGUAUUUCAGUAUGUUAUAUACAUCGAAAAAACUCUUUGCUUGCAGAGUAACGGGCAACUUGUAGACUGUCUAUCAAACUCUUGAAUCAAAUUUAAAAAACUGAAGAUCUUUCCCUUUUCUUAUCAUUCUAAAUUAUGAAGGAUUAUAUUAAGAAACUUGGUUUUUCUGGUGAUAAAGCAAAGAUUAUUAUUUCUGUCUGAUCUUACAUUUCAUUAAGUACUUGUACUACAGAAAGUACAGCAGCUACAAUUGUUUUGCACCACUUCCGUCUCAACUGCUAAAAACAAUUUAAUGAUUGGGCAGAUCUAGUUUACAACAUUUCCUCCGCACUUUCUAAGAGCAACUUUUAAAGAGAUCUAAAAAGCCAAAAGUAGGGAAAAGAUGUAUAUAUCUCAAUGCCUCUUAGCAUGGAAGGUGCUAGAGUGAUGCAAUUUCUAAGUUUUGAAAUAUUUAUUUUUCUCCAUGUAACCCGCUAUAUGAUACCUGGUUGUCCAGAGAUUAAGAUAUGGCUCCAGGAAUCAUAAGGGCUGCAUAAAAUACGACCUCAGGAAUUGAAUUUUUAAAAUACCAAUCACUAAAAAAUAUAUAUUUUUUCCUCCACUGGGAAAUUAUUUCCUGUUACAUAAUCAGCCUGAAACUCUAUCAUGUUUCAGGAUAGUCCCAGAACUGCAUUAUACUAUCCAGUAGCAUCAGGAAUAAGAUUAUUUCUUUGGGAAAAGGAAAAGAGAAGAUUGUUACAAGAGACCUAUCAAAAGCAAUUAAAGAAGUAAAACAUAUUUUAAUAGCACUGAUUAAAAUUCAUGUUUGUAUUUAUGUAAUUUAUAGUCUUUUGCUGUUCCUGCAUUUUUUCAUUUAAAUGCAUUUAGAAACAUUGAAGCAUGUUUUGUAGAUUUCCUGUUCCCUUCAGUAUCUACUGUGUGUCUAUUGUCAUUCUAAACUGAAUAAUGCUACAUUUAACAAAGAUCACUAUGUGCAAUAUUGUAUUUAGUGUUUCUAUUCCAAUUUUUUUUAGAAUGUUAAUUUAUAUGAAAAAUAAAAGAAAUAAUGAGAUCAAUGUUGUACUGUGGAUCAAGUACUUUUAGAGGUUCUUGUUGCUCUGAGAUGAUUAACAAUCACUCUGACUGCAAAACAAUGGUUUUUAUUUUAAACAAAAAAUUAAAAUCCCUGUUCUGAAAAACUUGCAAUAUAAACUAAAGUGUCAGAGAAAGAGAGCCAACAUC